AUGUUUAUAUUUUCCAAUCACUAUAUUUUAAUAAUUAUUUUGAUAAUUUUAAAUAUAAAAUAUAUUACUUGUUCCACAGCCACUUUUAAUAAUACAGUAAUAAUAUCAAACUGCACAAAUGAAGUGCCGUGUGAUUUAUCUUCAAAGUCGGUAUGGAAUGAUAACAUUGCUCCGAGCGAUGGAGACGAUGUGAUCAUUGAUUUUUCAACUGUAGUAUCUCAAACAUCCGAUGUUUAUUUACUUGUAAAUAACCUAAAUAUUCAAUUAAAUUCAUUUCAAUUAAAUGGCCCACAACAAACCGAAAAUUUUCAAAUUAACCUAAAUAUUCAAAACUCUAAUUUGACAAUUGCAGGCGACUUCAAUGCGCAAUAUUCAAAUAUCACAUUUGCAGAGACUGAAAAUUCCUGCACAAUAUCAAUAAAUAACUUUGUUUCAAACCAAAACAACCUAACUUUCAAUGGCUACACAAACUUUGUAUGUAAUACAACCACUUUAAUUGGCACCGAGUAUGUUUUUUUAAGGGAUGAUUCAACAUUUACCGUGAAUAGUACCGCAACCAUCAAGGCACCCAUUACCCAUCUUAGUAGUGGCUUUUUAAAUUUUAAUGGUAUUUCCACCAUUCAAAAAUCUUUUUAUUCUAGUGGCAGUGUUCAAUUUGGUACACAAACAAAUAUUUCAUCUCAAGCAAUACUCAAUACAACAAUAUUAGUUGGGAGACUUGAUAUAGAUAGUAGUUUAAUUUUUUUAAUGGUAGAUUAUAUUCAAAUGAACUCGUCCUCUAUUAUAGUGGUAUCAAAUAAAUCAAGUGUUUCUCUUUUGGGUACAAUAAACAAGAACAAUAAUUAUUCAAAUCAAAUUUUAUUAUUGGAUAAUAGCUCUUUAUUUUUAGAACUUGGCUUUUACAUCUCCGACAUGGGUUCCCCAAUGUAUGGUACUAUAUUUAUUGACCAAUCUUUAAGCACCACAACAAUAUCAUCUGUUCAGCAACCAUAUCUAAGUAUUUCCUCUAAGAGCAAUAUAACUUUGUUAUCAUCAACUCUAAAUACAGUGAAUAUUACAAACUAUCAAACAUCGUUAACUGUUGAAGAAAGCUCGGUCGUAUCGAGUAUUAACAACUUUGGUGAAACCAAUAUAUUAAACGAUGCAACCCUGAUUGUUAAAAACCCAUCUACCACCCUAAAUUUAAAUGUAACAGGCAAUACCACACUCGAACAAGGUUUUUCUGCAAAAACUAUAUAUAUCAAUUCAAACUGUUUAUUGUUUUCAAAUAGCAGUAUAGAAAUUCAAGAUUUUGGUUUAUUAACUUUAUAUCCAUCUGGAUUAUAUGUUCAGAAUAACCUAACACUCGAACCAAACUCUACAUUACAAAUCUUAAAUGCCACAUUAAAUAACAAAUUGCCACUUAUUCAAGUUAAUGGUUCGGUUAAUUUAAACUCAAUUAUUUUGUCGAUUGUAUUGGCUAAUAAUGUUAAAGUUACCUCCGAAGAAAAAAUUCUUUUAUUUUCUAAUAAAAACAGUACCAUCGACAUUAGUAGUAUACAACUAUUAACAUUUGCCUCAACAGAUACCAUUUCAUAUAUCAAAUACAAAAUUGAUCAAGAUAAUAAAGGCAAUGUUAAUUUAGUAUUUUUUGAUGAAAUAGAUAAAAAAACAAUAAUAAUAUAUUGCUCUGUAAUAGGUUCAGUUUUAGGAUUGGUAUUUUUUGUAACCAUAGUUUUUGUAAUUAGAAAAAAACUAUCACAUAAUCAGCAUCACUAUGAUCAUGGCCAUCACUAUGAAAGAGAAUCUUUAAUCCAUUAA